UCGACCGAGUGUCAAUCCACAGUCGCCAACUUGCAACAAUCAGCAGUUGUAGAGCAAUUAUCAAAGAGUAACAGCAGCAAAUCCAUUCCAGUAAACAAUCAUCAUGUUUUCUCGAUCAUUUUUGGUAUUCUUCGGAGUGUUGGCUCUCGUCGCUCUGACCAUCUCUGCACAGCCAGUGAUCGACGACGAGCAGCAGGAAAAUUCGUUGGAGAUCGACCUGAGCGAGUUGGACGAGGUCGAAUCUAGGAAUCCAGCCCUGGCCAUCGCCGUGAGAGUCUUGGCCGGCGCCUUCAGAUGGGCGGCGACCCAUUGCCUCAAGGAGGCCGCUCAAAGCUGCAAACAGCAUUGGAAACAUCCUAAGGCCCUCGUCAACUGCGCCAAACACUUUUUGCAAUCCAACAGAGGUCGUUGCGCUUUGGGCUAAUUUAUCAAAUUAUCAAUAUUUU